AUGCACUGCUCCUCUCCACCUCCCACACCCAUAGCCAGUCAUUCUAAUACGUACUGGUUAAUACGUGGAUAUGCAGCGCUAAGGAUAAACUGUAACAAAGGGUCCGGACGGUAUAUAAACUCGUCCGUGGAUCAUCUUCUCAGUUCGCUUCGCGUCUUCGCUCAUAACACCAAUAUGAAUUACCAUCAGUUGAUGAAAGCGUUGUUGCUGCUAUCCUGUUUUGCUAGUGAUGCACUCGCUGGAUUGCUACCGGGUGGUAGCCCCGGUGGAAGUGGUUACCAGUACAACAGACCAGGUGGAUUCGGUAGUCCGGGAGAUGUAGGUUUCAGGGGGAGACCUUCAUCAUUGUACGGAGCUCCAGGAACCUUGGAUCUUAAUGUUGGACGUCCCUCUAGCACUUAUGGAGCUCCAGGAACCUUGGACCUUAAUGUUGGACGUCCCUCUGGCACUUAUGGAGCUCCAGGAACUUUGGACCUUAAUGCUGGACGUCCCUCUGGCACUUAUGGUGCUCCUGGAUUCGCUGAUGCUCGUGAUUUAAGCUACCAAGGUGGCGGAGGACAGGGUGGUUAUAAUCGUGAUUAUGGAAGACCACAGCCAUACAGCUUCCAAUACGAGGUAUAUGAUCCUCCUAGUGGCAAUGACUACUCUCAACGCGAGAGCAGCGAUGGUAACGUGGUACAAGGAGAAUAUAGAGUGCUGUUACCGGACUCGAGGACACAAAUCGUGAAAUACAUGGCGGAUGAUGCAAAUGGAUAUACUGCUGAUGUUCAGUACGAAGGGCAGGCUCAAUUUUCUCGAGGAGGUAUCGGAAGUGGAGCUGGAGCUUAUGGAGCACCCUCUGGAACUUAUGGAGCACCUGGAGGUACAGGAGGAUUUCAGGGUGGUUAUCAAGGAGGUAAAUAUAAUUUUCAUUGUACUUACAUUGUACGUUACAUUCUUUACCAAAUAUUCUACCAAAAAUUUAAAAAAUAUUAACCAUUAUUACAAAAUAUUAUCUACCAUAAAGGUAAACGAAAUUUGGAAAAUUUUCUACAAUUUCAUAUACUGUAUAGCCCUCUGAAAAAAUUUCAAGAUACUUGAAAAUUAAAUAUCUCUAUAUAUCUGUACUUCUAUUAGUAGAUUCUAUAUAUGUAUACUUUUAUCAGUGGAUUUACUUUUGAAAUAACGAAAUUACUCUAUUACUGAUUGAAAAAAGUGCAAUUUUACUGAUUUGUAUCUUGUCAGUUUUUCUAAAACUUUUUGAAAAAAUCAAAAAUGGUAAAUUAUCAUUGUGAAGAGAAUAUAUUAGUUCUACAACGUUCCUACAGAUGGCAUCACUAUACAAUUUUCCGUGCUACAUAACCUGGAUUGCAUGAUCAUGCAUAACUUGUUCAUUAUUUAAAUUUUUACUAUAUGACUAUAUAAUAUAUAUUGUAAUAUUAUAUUACACAGAUAUAUAUAUAUAUAUACACACAAUAUUAUAUUACAAUAUAUAUUAUUUACUAUAUAAAAUUUAGCAUUUCUUACUUGUUAUUUAAAAAUUGUCAUUUCGAGUAAUAAAGAAAUUCCGCAGCAGGUCUCAUCGGAGCCGGAGCUAGCAAUCAGUACCUACCACCACGUAACAAUUAUCGGAAAUGAAUCGGUCUUGUCGUGCAUCAUCAUAAAAGAAAUGAAGAAAAGAAAAGAAAAACCUGAUAAAUCUCCCGAACGCUCGGCGACAACCAUCACAGACCUCCCUCGUUUUUACAGUUUUUAUUGUUUAUUUCUUAAUACACUCGAUAUACUUACACCACUCCAGUCACAUGCACAUUUGCGUAUAAUCACCCUCACUGGUAUUUAACGACAUAUAAUAAUGUAUCGAUUAGGAUAAUUUAAUGAUUCCCCCUUUUUUUUUUAACGCACGUCUCGUACAUCACGUAUGUAGUUAUUACCUUUAUAUCUACACACAUUUACACACACACACACACAUAUAUAUACAUUUUAUACUUUGUACAUGGUAUUUCCUUUUUGUAUUAUCAAACGACAGAGUACGCUUGUACUUUCUGCUAAGCGAUCGUCGAACUUAUUAUAUACCUUAUUAUAUCUUGUGUAUGUAUUUAUACGAGCUUAACGUAAUACACGAAUGAAGUAUUCUUCCUAUUUAGUUGUGUUCUAUUAACCUAAAACUUUCACGAAAUCAAUUAAUUAUUGAUACUAAUUAAUAAUUAGUAAUAACUGGAAUACGUCACAACUCGAUAUUUUUUGUGUAAAAACGUACGAUUUUCUUCACAAAAUAUACAAUUUAUAUAUGUUUUUCACGCAUUUAACGUUUGAUUUUAAUACGAAACGAAUAUUCAUGCAGUUUCAAUUGUAGGUACGAUGAUCGAUAAAUAAUAAAAUCACCGUACUACGUAAAGGAAAAUUUUAUAAUUUAUUUUAACGUUUACAUGAUACAGAAUUUAAUGGAUGAAUUACGACUGACGACUAACGACUGAUUAUUAAUUUCUUAUUUACUAUUAUAUAUAUCCUCGGAAAUUUGUUGGUAACCAAUAAUAUAUUUGAUGGUAACCAAUAAUAUACUGUAUUUCCAUGGUAACUUUUUAUAAGAGUAAAUAGAUGUCGUUACACAAUGUCCAUUAGUUUCUUUAUCUACUGGACAUUCCGUUAUACUACUCGAAUUUUGCCGAACGAAAUUUCUUCUAAUAUAUUUAUUUUUUGAAUAUUGUUAUUAAUUUUUAAUUGUUUUGUUCUUAUUUCUUCUUUUUUUUUUCAUUGUGUAUUGUACGUGCACAUACUGACUUGCUCAUAGACCUGUGCGCGAUUGGUGGUUGCUCGCAUUCGAAUUUUGUUGAAUUAAUGUCGAACGAAAAUUCUUCUAUUUUUUCAAUUUUUAUUAAUUUUUUUUCAAUUUUUUUUUUUUAAUACAUUGUGUAGUGUGCACAUACUGA